AUUUAAAGUAGAUUAUUGUAGUUUACCAAAAAAAAUAGAAAAAAAAAAUCUAGCAACAUAUUGGUAAUAUUUUAUAUACCUAGUGGAGCACUCGAGCUGACCAUGUCUACUUUUCGAAAUCCAUACUCUCUUAUUCGCUCCAUUGAAAUCAAUUGGCGGCUCAACUCAUCUUUUCUCUCCCCUUUUGCUCGAUUCUUACAUUUUUAAAUCUUCUUGUUCUCAAGGUGAAAAUGCUCUUGCCCCAUUUUGAAGUUAAAGUGCAUAUAUGACUUUGGAGGGGGGGCACUAUGUUCUAAUGAAAGCUUUAUGAGAUGUGUAAUUACAUUUUAAGGAAGGCUUGAUAGUAUUGCUACCAUGCAUUUUAAAGUGGUGGCACUUGAGAUCUAGUGUAACAAAUUAACUUUAAGCCAUGCUAUGCCCGGUUUUUGCCCCAUAGGGAAUUAAAUCUCGCAGCAGAGUGGACAUGAGAUUGAUUGGCAUGUAAUUGGAUCCUGAAUUAAAUUAAUGGUUGUCAUGAGACAUAUGGAGGGUGGCAGUUUAUUAAUGUCUUAAUUUCGUACUUCCAGAUCAUACUGCAUAGAUAAGAAUUCCUGUUACUGGUGAGAUGAGUGGAAGCAGAAAACGUGGUUCUAAGUGGAAUUCAAAAGAGGAACAACAAUAUUCUCUUGAAAAUGUACGAGAUAAAGCUUGGUCUGCGAAAGUCAGUGCGCCUUUUCAUGAUAGAGAAUCAGAACAUGGAUAUUUCUCUGCAGAGGUUGGUAGGAAAGACAAGUGGUCUGUUGUCGGAGUCGGUGACAUGAUGAAAUCUAAGCAUGGAAUGCCUUCAAGGGAAUCUUUUCAUGGAAGCAGAGGUGGUGAAAAGGAUGAUAACAAUGACUUUGUUAAAAAUUGGAAAACUACAACUCCAUGGGACGGGGAUGAGACUUACAGCAUGAAAAUGUCACCUGGUCUUGAUGAUUGGAGGCUUAAAAAACGCCACAGUUCUCCUAAAGGUGAUUGGAAUGGGUCUCACAGAAGCAGGAGUAGGAGCUGGAGCAGAAGUCGAAGUAGAAGCAGGAGCCGGAGUCCAGUUCGUAGCGUUCGGUGGCAAUCAGGAUUACAUGAGAGAACCAGAAACAGAUCUGGAGUGUCAACUCAAUUAUGUAAAGAUUUUAUGGCUGGUAGAUGCAGGAGAGGCAGUCAGUGUCACUUUCUUCACCAAGAUAUUCAAAGUCGUGAGGAUGGUUGGGAUAAUAGACAAAAGAGAGCUGGUGUUUCAAAAUAUAUUACUCACGAUGAUUGUAAAGAUUACCUUGUUAAGAGUGGAAGAUCUACUGAUUGCUGCACUGAUUUUCUGAAAGGUAACUGCCGCAGGGGUGCAUCAUGUAGGUUUGCUCAUGAUGGUGCUACUGAUGGCUUUGGUAGAAGAACAACGAAUGAGAUUAGUAGUGAAAGGGAAAACACCAAGCGGAACAGAAUUAGAACUCCAGAUCGUGAUGGUGAGCGUGAAGCUCGUCGAAGCAGUGAUAUUCCUUGCAAAUUCUUUGCUUCUGGAAAUUGUCAUAAUGGAAAAUAUUGUAGGUUUUCUCAUCAUGGUCAGGCACGUGCAAGUCCUGAUAGAAGGUCACGUGGUGAUAGAGGUGUAUGGUGUCCAAGUUCCAUUAAUGUGGAUAGGUUGCAGGAUGGUCCAACAUUGAGAGAUACAGAUGCUUCAUUCAAUGUGAAUAAAUCUUGGAAUGCUCCUGAAAGAAGUGAUGCUAAUGUGAUAAAUGAAGCUGAGAUACCCUGGAAUGGUCCAAAAUGGAGUGAUCUUGAUGCUUCAAAUGAUGCAAACAAUUCAUGGACUAGUUCAAAAUGGAGUGAUGCUGAGGCUUCAAAUGAUGCGAACAACUUAUGGACUGGUUCAAAAUGGAGUGAUACAGGUGCCUACUUAGGGGCUACAAAGUUCAGCAAGGACACAAUUGCAAAAAAUGGUGCCUCUGAACCAAGAUUCUCUAAUUGGUCCAUGGAUGAGAGAUGGCGGCACAACUAUGAUGUCAGUGGAAAGAACAUUGAGGCUGAUGUGCAGUAUAAAACAGUUGAUAUUGACAAGGAUGAACAAACUCCAACGAAGAUAGAAAAUUCAGGUGUUAAUAUUGGUGUAUCAGAACCAAAAGGUGCUGAAGAGUCGCUUGGUGAUAUGGAAAUGUCCCCUGAGUGGAAUUACAAGAUACAGUCUUCUGUUAAAAAGGAACUCACUCAUGGUUCAAAACCAGCUAUUGUCGAAACACUUUUACAUUCUCAAGAAAGGAAUAUAACUGAAGAGGCCUCAGGUCAGGUACAUGAUGGGCUUGCAGCUUUGCAGCCAAUGUUAACUGAGAAAUCUAACGUUCACCAGGACCACCUGAUGAGGUGCAGCAGUGGUGUAGCACUGCCAUGUGUCAGCAAUGCUCUUAACACAACUUCCAAUUCACACAUUGUUCUAAAUUUUUGUAUCAACAACACGCCAUUGCCAAGCUUUGACCAGCCUGGGCCAAGUCCGAGUACUUUACCUUGUUCAAACUUAGAUGCAGUUGGACAAAGUCAAGUGACAAUCCCUUCUAAUGAAGUGACUAAGGAAGAUGCCCAAAACGGCCUGCUGUUUCAUGAGGAGAAAAGAAGCAAUGAACUAAAUAUUGGGGAUGCUAAUGUAUUACAUGGUAAUUCUGGAUCUAAGUCAACUCAGACUAUGGUAAGCAAUGAGCAGCUCACCCAACUUACCAAUCUUUCAGCCUCUCUAGCUCAGUUGUUUGGAAAGGGGCAGCAACUUCCAUUACUUCAUGCUGCUCUUAAUGCCCAUAAUGGAAUGCAGGUGACGUCUAUUGCAAACUCUGGAAGUCAUAUUGAGCCAGAUUCCAUGCCAAAUCUACAGCCAGAUCAAGACAUUACUUUCCCAAAAAUAUAUGACCCUAUAUCUGACAGUAUUGAGCCUGCCAAGAAGCAGGGCACAGAUACAAAGCCUUUGGGGUUUUCAAUACAGCCUGUUGCAGAGAAAAAUACUGAUGGCCAACCUGAACUAUCGGCUAAUAAGUUGUUACCUUCAUCUCUUUUGUGUAGUAAUAAUGAUGAUGAUUAUCAUAAUGAUCUCAGUUCCAGAAGAGAGCCUGAUUUUGAUAGCCAUAAGCCAAAUCAGCUGGAGCCUGUUGCAAGUUCUGAGGCAAAGAAGAAAAAUGAAGGAGUUGAGGAAACCAAGAAAGCUGAAGGGGAGAAUGGCCCAUCAGAGAGUGGAGAUGCUGAUGACAAGACUGAUGAGGCCAAGAAGAACAAGGAUAGUAAGGGAAUUCGUGCAUUUAAAUUUGCACUCGUUGAGUUUGUCAAGGAUCUCCUCAAACCGACAUGGAAGGAAGGUCAAAUUGGCAAAGAGGCUUACAAAAACAUUGUGAAGAAGGUUGUUGACAAAGUGAUUGCUACAGUUCAAGGGACUAAUAUUCCGCAAACACCUGAAAAAAUUGAUCAAUAUCUGUCAUUUUCAAAACCAAAGCUUAGCAAACUUGUACAGGCAUAUGUGGAAAAGUUUCAGAAGAGCUAAAAGAAAUAGGGAUGGUUAUGUCUUUUUGUGCUAUUAUUUUUACAGUUAUCCAGGCUAUUACAUCUUUUGUCAUUUGUCCCCUUUCUUUAUCUAGUUUCAGCACCUCUGAAAAAUGCUAACCUUUUCAAUUGAUAUUUAUGUGUUUUAUUCCUUGGAAGUAGGGUUAAGUAGUGACUUUUAACUCUGUAGAUAUUUUGUUGCUUCUGUUUUAGAAGUUUAACAUAUGAUAUUGGCACUUCUGCAUGUGUGACCACUUUGUACCAGCUGUGAUGAUUCAAAAUCUAGUGCCUGAAACAGUUUAUUUA